AUGCGCGAGGAAGGCCGCGGAGAAGGCGCGGACGAGGGCAGCGAGGAUCAGCGACGCCAAGUGGAGGACGCCAGUGGGAGUCACGGCUCCACCGCUGGAGCCGACGAGGCUGACGCCGCGCGGGCGGACAACACGACGGACCAGAGCGAGGCGAAGGCCGACGGGCCAGAGGGCGCACGAAAGGAGCAGCGAGAGGAACGCCGCGACUGCGAGGCGAGGGAUCGCGCUCGCCCGAUCCGCAGCAGCGACGCGAUGGGUGGCGCGGUGGCGGGGAGCGCUCGCCAGAUCCGCAUCCGCGACGCGAAGGGUGGCGCGGCGGCGGGGAGCGCUCGCCAGAUACGCAUCCGCGACGCGAAGGGUGGCGCGGCGGCGGGGAGCGCUCGCCAGAUCCGCAUCCGCGACGCGAAGGGUGGCGAGGCGGCGGGGAGCGCUCGCCAGAUCCGCAUCCGCGACGCGAAGGGUGGCGCGGUGGCGGGGAGCGCUCGCCAGAGCCGCAUCCGCGACGCGAAGGGUGGCGCGGCGGCGGGGAGUGCUCGCCAGAUCCGCAUCCGCGACGUGAAUGGUGGCGCGGCGGCGGGGAGCGCUCGCCCGAACUGCACCAGAGACGUGAAGGAUGGCGUGAUGUCAGGUCCCCCUUGCCAGAUCUGCGCAGGCAGCGGGAAGGAGCACGUGAUGAGGAAUGGCAGUCGCCGUACGGCCGUCGGUAGCGUGGAGGAAGGAGAGACGAGAGGUCACCAUCGCCAGAGAAGCAUCGGCGUGAGACGCGGCGGGAAGAACGGGCGAGGGCAGACCACUCGCCGGAUGGGCAAGGUCAACGCACGGAAGGGCGCGCGAGCUCGUGGGAUCUGCAUAAGGAGGCGAGAUGGGACCAGCGGGGAAGCAAGGUCGGCGGCGGGAGUUUGGCAUAUAGUGCGGAACGAGCCAGGGAGGCGAGGGAAGGAAUAG